AGAUGCGCUCCUCCGCGCGCCCUGCGUUCAGCGGCGGGCGGACACGGCACAGACGGACCAGGAGGCACCAUGACUGCACCCAGCAACACCUACGAUGUGAUAGUGGUCGGCGGAGGCAUAUCAGGUUUGAGUGCAGCCAAGCUGUUGAAAGCCAGUGGACUGAGCCCCGUGGUUCUGGAAGCCAGGGAUCGGGUCGGAGGUCGUACCUUCACCGUGCGGAAUAAGGAGACCAAGUGGGUCGACCUAGGCGGGGCUUACAUCGGUCCAACUCAGAACCGAAUCCUCCGACUGGCCAAAGAAUAUGGCGUUAAAACCUACAAAGUCAACGAGCAGGAGAACCUGGUGCAUUAUACCAAAGGAAAGUCUUACCCAUUUAAAGGCUCCUUCCCUCCCAUGUGGAAUCCCUUUGUCUUAUUGGACUUCAACAACCUGUUUAGGACGAUGGACGAGAUGGGCAAGGAGAUCCCCAAAGAGGCUCCCUGGAGAGCUCCUCACGCUGAGGAAUGGGACAAGAUGACCAUGAAACAGCUCUUUGAAAAAGUCUGCUGGACCAGUACUGUCCGUCGCUUCGCCACACUGUUUGUCAAUGUGAACGUGACCUCUGAACCCCACGAGGUGUCGGCGCUCUGGUUCCUCUGGUACGUCAAACAGUGUGGAGGAACCAUGAGGAUCUUCUCCACCACUAACGGAGGACAGGAGAGGAAGUUCGUGGGUGGCUCCAGUCAGAUCAGCGAGUGUAUGGCCAAGGAGCUGGGUGACCGGGUGAAGCUGGAGUCCCCCGUCUACAGGAUUGACCAGACCGGGGACAUAGUGGUGGUGGAGACGGUGGACAAACAGACCUACAAAGCCAAGUAUGUGAUUGUAGCCACGCCCCCUGGUCUGAACCUGAAGAUUCACUUUAACCCUGAGCUGCCGCCGCUGAGGAACCAGCUGAUCAGCCGUGUCCCCAUGGGCUCCGUCAUCAAGUGCAUGGUGUACUACAAGGAGAACUUCUGGAGGAAAAAGGGUUUCUGUGGCAGUAUGGUGAUUGAAGAGGAGGGCGCUCCCAUUGGUCUGACCCUGGAUGACACAAAGCCUGAUGGGACUGUUCCUGCCAUUAUGGGAUUCAUCCUCGCCCGCAAGUGCAGAAAGCUCUCAGGCCUGACUAAAGAAGAGAGGCUGAAGAGGAUCUGCGAGAUCUACUCCAAAGUGCUCGGCACAGACGAGGCUCUGCAUCCGGUGCACUAUGAGGAGAAGAACUGGUGUGAAGAGGAGUACUCUGGGGGCUGCUACACGGCAUAUUUCCCCCCUGGAAUCCUGACCCAGUACGGCAAGGUGCUGAGGGAACCGGUGGGCAAUUUGUAUUUUGCGGGAACAGAGACGGCGACGGAGUGGAGCGGAUACAUGGAGGGGGCGGUUGAGGCAGGAGAGAGGGCAGCCCGGGAGAUCUUGUGUGCCAUGGGAAAAAUCCACCCGAGUCAGAUCUGGCAACAGGAGCCUGAGUCCAUGGAAGUCCCUGCUCUCCCCUUCGUCACCUCCUUUUGGGAGAGGAAUCUGCCUUCAGUUGGCGGUGUCUUCAAGAUGUUAGGAAUCUCCACCGUCCUGUCUGUUGCCACGGCAGCAGGCGUGAUUGCCUAUAAGAAGGGCGUCCUUCCCCGGAGUUAAACCACCCACACCUGUCACCUCACUCCUUUGUAUCUGAAGGGGCACAUCUCCAUAGACACUGUACUCUUGUACUUGUAAAGCACUACUUUUCGGCUCCAAACUACAAAGUAGUGAAGUAUAGAGUAUAGAAAUGUCUGGCUCAUGUAAAACUAAUGCAACAUCACUCUGUGCACUGUCUGUCUGCAAAGAGAGUAAUGAGCUGACUUACAGCUGAGAGAUGCUGGUUUGAGACGACUGAAGUAAUUGCAGUGUAAAACCAUACAAAAGUCACACUGAGCAUGAUUCAGAUUGUUAAACAAAUGAAGAAAAAAAUGAAUCUAUUCUUAAAGAAGAAAGAAAAACCUAUCACUACUAAUAUUCCACACAUUGCCAAUGACAUUCACUUCUUUGAUUACGUGAGUUUUAACUCGUAAUGCUUAAUUAACGUGUGUGUAUGAGCUUCGUUUGCAUGCAUGCACACACAUGCUUUGGUGAGCAUGCAUGCGUGUGAGUGUGUGUCAGUUGUGUACAAAUGUGUGUGUUUUAUCAACUGUGUCUACUUACCUCUGCUGAUUUUAGGUGCUGAUUUAUUUCGGGGCAAGCAGCUACAGCUAUUUGAGUCUCAGUAGCAACAGAAUAGAGUUGUUUCAUUGUCCAACACAAAAAUCUGAGGAGUAUUGUGGUUUUGUGUUAUUUUUACUGUCAAAAAAUCCAGUGAAAAGACGCAAAUCAACAUUGAAUUCAUGUCGUGGUUGUGUUAAAAAUGAAAAAAUAUAGAACGUGGAUAUAAAAUCACACAAAAUUAGAGUGAAGAAGGGUUUUAUACAUGUCAACUUAAGUCUGUACAUUAUUAUUAUUAUUUUUUUUAAUCUGAGAAGAAAAUAGGUUUUCAAGUCCUUUUAAUAUUGCAUUUGACCGUUUGACACUUAUCCCACAUUAAGCGUUUUACAUGGAUUAUUAACUUAUUAAUAACCCACGGAAAAUCCACAGUUUCAUCAACAUAACGUCUGCGAAAACAGCUGAUGUUGCAAACCUCAUUUCCCAGUGUCAUAGCGCUCCUUUUUUCAUCCAAAACUAUUAAAAACACAUCAGGGAGCCAUACUUUUGCACUGGUGGACAUGAUUUCUUUGUUCAUUACAAUGAUCUCAAGCACCAGUUUUUUUUAAAGAAUUCCAACAACAAAAACAGUUUAAAGGAGUGAAACAGCCACAGAGGAGAAUUUGGUCUUUUCUGCAGAUUUGUUGAUAGUAAAAAUAGACUGAAAACCUGCAUUUAGGGGUAAUGUAGUGCUACUAAGCUGCUGUUUAUGGAUAUCUUUCAAUGGAAAAUGUAAUGGAAGCGUUCGAAUGUAUUUUCACACAUCAUUAGUUGCGGAAUUAUGAUGAUCAGACAUUUUUAGAUCUAUAUAUUUUUUACUUUCUGUCAAUUAACCCAAAGUAUAGCACCCCACCCAUUCAAACAACAUAUACUAAGGUUUACAAAUUAACCAAUUCUGAUUUCUUUACUGACAUUGGCAACUAUUUAGAGACAUUCAGUAUGUGUGUAAAGUGAAGGAACAAAGUAUAGCUCACUCAGUUCCUCCAAUUAGUAAAUUAAAAUCUAUAAAUUAAUAAUCGACUGUACAUAGUUGCACCUUUUAGAUACUUUAUGUGUUAUUUACUUAAAGAAAAUAUACUUUAUUUAAACUACACAAGAUCCUAGAUUAUGUUUCCUGAGAUAAGUUUGUCAGAUAAGUAAACCUGCCUCUUCCUACAAUAAAUAUAGGGCAAAAAAUAUCCAUCCAGAAACGUCAUUAUUCAUAAAAAUGUUGCAGUAAAUAUAAAUUGUUGAUUCUGGUAAAUGUAUUUCAAAACUAACGCAUGAUUCACUCAUUCAGCCUUUAUUUUGACUUGUAUGUAUUGAGGUGAGUAAGACGAUCACAGUGAU